AGACUAUUGCCGAUAUGGUUUCAUAUAGGCGCCUCCAAAGAACUUAAAAAAUUUAACAAUCACUUACAUGCAUCGUGCCUAAGAGAUAAUCAUAACAUCACCUCUGUCAGUCAGCUAGAAACAACCAUGAAGAGAUAUUCACCCCACCACAGGCAGAAUAAAGAUUGCCCAUGCGAACACUGCCUAGUGGACAGAACCUCCUAUAAGUGCAACAAACCAUUCAAAUGUGUGAAACUAGCAAAAGAGAUAAUGAACUGCUUACUCCUGAAGUGGCACCCAAACAACUGCUCCCCCUCCUAUGCUCUAAACAUCGCACCCGAACAGAGCACAGAGAAUGACGACCAAGGAGAGGCAAACAUCAAAAUCUUCGAUCCCAUCUUCCCCUCCCCAGACACAUUAGAGACUGGCUUCAGAGCCUUCGUCAAGACACAACCGCAAAGCACCUUGCCAGCCAGCCAAACCACCAAACCACCUGGGAACCCUCCACAGUUAAUCAACAUUGUCAUUGCAGGCACUCACCAAGUCAAUAAGGACAGAGAAUACAUGUCAGGAGGAGGAGCAUGGAUCAGCCAUGAUAACCCCCAAAACGUCUCCAUCAAAAUUCCAGAGCCUCUAGCAGGACCAGGAGCAGGCGAAAUCGGAGCUCUCCUGACUGUUGUUACAAACCUUCCUAAAGACGCCCCUAUACAUUGCCUAAUCAGAUCCCAGAAACUACGGAAAGACCUAACAAUCAACUUACCUAGACAAGAAGACGCCUACUGGCUCGAACACCCCCAUAAGCUGCUUAUGACAGCACUAGUCGUGAGUUUAAGAACUUGA